UGCUCUUAAGCUUUUUUCAUCACACAACACAUACAAACAUACAUACAUUGGAAAAAAAAAUACUAAUAAUCAUCAUGGCUAAGUUUGCUUCCAUCAUCACCCUUAUCUUCGCUGCUCUUGUGCUCUUUGCUGCUUUUGAAGCACCGGCAAUGGUGGAAGCACAGAAGUUGUGCGAGAGGUCAAGUGGGACUUGGUCCGGAGUCUGCGGAAACAACAACGCUUGCAAGAAUCAGUGCAUUAACCUUGAGGGAGCAAAACAUGGAUCUUGCAAUUAUCGAUUCCCAUACCACAGAUGUAUCUGUUACUUCCCAUGUUAAUCAUAUCAACCAAAAAGUCCGUGGUGCUUAAACGUGUGUAUUUUACAUAUAUAAAAUAAGUCUGUGUCACUUAAGAGUGACUUGAUGACAUAUACAUGUGUUUAUGUUUUAAUGUUUGGUUUGGUUUGACUUUGUUGUUAUAAUGAUAUAAAUAUAAUUUAUGUACGACU